CACUCGUGUUACGUUCGUCGACGACGAGCAGUACUCCAGGCGAGCGCAUCGACCACGACAAGACCUUCGACUGCCCUGAAAGAGUCCAAGUGAGGAGUUUCCUGAGUCCUCUGCUCCCCUCCCUCGUUUGAACGAACCUCACCGUCUUUCUCAGAUCUGACAACCUGUUUGCCUUCCACGCCCGGUCCACUCCGACGGCUGAUCCGCCCUUCUUAACCCCGCCGCCCCGAUCCAGCCCCGCCGCACUCCACCACGUCCCCGCAACUCCACCGCUAGCCAAGCUGCCAGCAGACUCCCAUCGCCAUGGCCGCGGCGCUCUUCCUCCUGCUGGUCCCGCCCGUCGGCCUACUCGCCGCGCUCGCAUUCCUCGCGCGGCCCCGCGCCGCGCGGAUCCCGCUCAAAGGCCGCCACGUCUUCAUCACGGGCGGGUCCAGCGGCAUCGGGCUCGCCAUGGCCACGGCCGCGGCGCGGGAGGGCGCGCGGGUCUCCAUCCUGGCCCGCAACCUCGCCCGCCUCGAGGAGGCGCGCGCCGCCAUCCAGCGCGACUCGGGCCGCGACGACGUCGGCGUCCACGCGGCGGACGUGCGGGACGCCGGCGCCGUGGCGCGCGCGCUCCGGGAGGCCGGCCCCGUCGACGUCCUGGUCUGCAACCACGGCGUGUUCGUGCCGCAGGAGCUCGAGAGGCAGGACAUAGAUGAGAUCAAGUGGAUGGUCGACAUCAACCUCAUGGGCACCUUCCACCUCAUCAAGGCCGCGCUUCCCGCCAUGAAGGCACGCACCCGCGAGACGCGCCUCCCUGGGUCCGUCGCGAUCAUGUCCUCCCAGGCCGGCCAGGUUGGUAUUUAUGGUUACACCGCGUACUCAGCGAGCAAGUUUGCUCUUCGGGGAUUGGGUGAGGCGUUGCAGCAUGAGGUUGUCGCGGACAAUAUUCAUGUCUCAUUGAUAUUCCCUCCUGACACCGAGACUCCGGGAUUUGAAGAGGAGCAUAAGAGGAGGCCAGAAUUGACAAACAUCCUGGCAGGAUCGUCUGGUGGAAUGAAGGCCGAUGAUGUUGCCAACAAGGCUCUGGACGGCAUCAAAUCUGCAAAAUUCAUUGUCCCCUGCAAUUUCGAGGGCGCAAUGUUAGCUGUUGCCACUGCUGGUUUAUCCCCGCAAAGCUCCCCGUUAUUGGCAUUCAUAGAGGUGAUUGGCGCUGGACUCAUGCGGUUUGCGGCACUUUGUUUCCAAUGGAAUUGGUUCUCUACCAUAGAGAGCUAUUAUGCCAAGAACAAGAAGAGCGAGUGACAACACAAACCCGCGAGUGAUAACACAAACCAUACCUGGACAUUAUUUUUCCAGAUUUCAUGAGAGUUAAAAGGAACAAAUAAAUCACAUGUGACCUAAUGUAAAUGUAGCCUGGUACUAGAGAAGUUGAAGUUAUCUAUUUUUCCCCAUUAUUUUUCAUCAGAUCAUGUCGACAAUGUUAGAUUCCGGCAAAAACAAUAGAACGAAAGGCACUAAAGAGCUUGAUUUGAUGACCUACAUGUGUAAAUCCGCGUUUGAUUGCCUGCUUCAGAGCGAGAUCGUGUGUAAAUCCUUCCAUAAUGCACCUUCUAUUGCAAAUUAUAAGAAAUUUUAGUUUUUCUA